UACCCACGAGGGUAUAUAUAUAGAGCGUGAGGUACCCCUCAGGGUAUAUUUAUAUAGAGAGAGUGAGGUACCCACCAGGGUACAUGUAUAGAAAAAGUGAGGUACUCAUGAGGGUACAUAUAUAGAGAGAGUAAGGUACCUACGAGGGUAUAUAUAUAGAGAGAGAGUUUGAGGUACCCACGAGGGUAUAUAUUGAGAAAGUUUUAGGUACCCCUGAGGGUAUAUAUAUAUAGAGAGAGAGAGGUACCCUGUGGGUAUAUAUAGAGAGAGAGAGUGGGGUACCCACGAGGGUAUAUAUAUAUAAAGAGAGAGUUUCAGGUACCCACGAGGGUAUAUAUAUAUAGAGCGUGAAGUAGCCCUGAGGGUAUAUAUAUAGAGAGAGUUUCAGGUACUCCUGAUGAUAUAUAUAUAGAGAGAGAGUGAGGUACCCCGGAGGGUAUAUAUAGAGUAAGUGAGGUAUCCGCGAGGGUAUAUAUAUAGAGAGAGAGUUUGAGGUACCCACGAGGGUAUAUAUAUAGAGAGAGUAAGGUACUCCGAGGGUACAUAUAUAGAGAGAGUGAGGUACCCACGAGGGUACAUAUAGGGAAAGUUUUAGGUACCCCUGAGGGUAUAUAUAUAUAGAGAGAGAGAGGGUGAAGUACCCACGAGGGUAUAUCUAGAGAGAGAGUAAGGUAUCCACGAGGGUAUAUAUGUAGAGAGAGUUUGAGGUACCCACGAGGGUGUAUAUAUAUAGAGAGAGAGAGUUUGAGGUACCCACGAGGGUAUAUCUAGAGAGAGAGAGUUUGAGGUACGCCCGAGGGUAUAUAUAUAUAGAGAGAGAGGUACCCACGAGGGUAUAGAGAGUGGUGCUCACGACGAUUUAGCCAUAGUGAUCGGUUCGUUUCUUAUGUUUUAGGAUCUUGAUUCCGUUUUUGUAUCGGGCUUCUUCAGUAGCGAAGGGUUUUCACGGUGCCUUGUGUAAAUAAAGUUUUUGAUCAGUGUUUUUUCGAUCCAACUGCAGUGUUUUUUAUAUGGAUUUAUAAGAAUGCUUCGAAAUAAAAUCAAUCUGAUCGUGCAAGAUCUUAUAGAUCGCUCUUGCUGGACACUGAUUGUAAUUCUUGAUGUAAGAAAUCAGAGACUACGAUUUUUCGUACGAUUUUCCGUAUGAUCUUGUAUGAUCAUACAAGAUAUUGAUAUAAGAUCGGACACGAACGUACAAGAAUCUGAGUCUGAUCUUAGCGUCUGAUUUGUUGCCCUGGGUUUCCAAGAAUUACAUAAUCUUAUCAAAACAGGUUCUAAUAAACGUAGUCUCCAACGUUUAAAACUCUCAUCGGAUUUAUUUACUUUAUACAAAGUCGAUGAUCAAACUCAAACAUCAGACUUUUUGAUAAAAGUACAGGAAAAAGCCAGACAACAUGAAUCGAUUACUACUCUUGCUGAAUUACAAGCACUCUUAGAAAAAUAUGACUCUUUCACUAACUUAAAUCGUCAAUUAGCAGCAGAUGGCUCAAUAAUAUGGAAAUUGAAAAUUGAACCAUCUGUAUUAGAAAACAUCAAUGAUGAUACGUUACAUCAUUUCUCCAAAUUAUCCGAGCAGGAUGCAUUGUUUUUUCGUUACUUUAGCAUAUCUGUGAUUCCUUUUCUUAAAUUAUAUGCCAGGCAAACUGAUUUGGAUAAUAACAUUCUUUGUUCAUUCAUCAUUUCGAUUACUAUGUCAAGCAAUUGCAUUGUUACAGCAUUAUGCGAUCAAAAGAAGUUAAUUCGAGUUCAUGAAAAAGAAUUAUUUGUUGAUAUCGAAAUGGAAGAAGAUCGUUGGCUCGAACUUACUAGAGCAUUCGAUAAAAAUCGUCAUGAUUAUGGAUAUUCUUCUUUUUUUUAG